AAGCAGCACACGGGCUCAUCCCGAGACCUGCAACGUGAAGUCAGUGCGCCUAGUCUCGUCCCGUCGGAAGCAGUUCCUCGUAGCAAAUUAGCUCCCCUUGCUUGCGCGGCAAAAUGCCUUCUGACAGGAUUGCUGAGGAUUACAACAAAGCCAGAGCGAAGAUCUUGAAGCGGUACAGAGUGACAUUUCGAUUGAUUGUCCUGUUCGCCAUUCUGUUCGGCGUCGGGGUGAUUGUGGUUGCUAUUACGAUCUUCGCCGGAGCAAGCGUGGAAAAUGGAUCCAAUAACAAUCGCGAGAUCAUAGUCACCGUCGUGCUGGUCGCCUGCUUUUUGACUCUAGUCUCAGUUGUCCUCUCGUGCCUGCACUCGGCCAGGAAAAGUGCGCUCGCGAAGCUGGACGAACACACCACCCCUACCAGAAGACAGCAGGCUCCAAGCAGACCGAGGGUGAGAUGCGUGAAAUCAAACAACGUAGCUUCAAUUGACACCCCGCCACCGUACGACUCGCUUUUUGAUGUUAGAGGAAUGUCCAGAAACUCCACUUUCAACAGCCCGACAGCCAUUGAAACUUUCACGGUCAGCGUUUCAGACAUUAACUGUUCAUCAAACUCGACCACAGAUGGUGAUUCUGGAGGAUGCACGAGUAGCUCCGCGAAUGAUUAACUUUUUUGCCAAUGGACUGAUACAAUGAAGCAUUGUUGAUACUUAAUUUAAGUCAAAUUUACCAAAUUUAUUAUUAAUGAGAAGCUUUCUUCCCACUGCAAAUCUGAGCAAGUAAAUAAAUCAGAAAAUAUAUUUUGAAAGUAGCUCCAUGGCUCAGUUAAUAAUAAACGUAGUUCUAACUUAUGAUGUUAUGACGCUAUGACAUGCGUACAAAUGUAAAUAAAACUUAUCACAAUAGAAUGAUGAGCAUUAGUGUUAAUUGUUGUUACUGUUGAGGGGUGCUUUUUAAAUCUAGUCUUUUUCUGAUUGGUUUGAUUGUUGAAUUAUAUUAAUUUUCCAAAUGAAUUGGCCCUGGUGGAAGGUGAAAAACUGU